AUGCCUUUGACCGGGGUGAAGAAUGUUGUGCUGGUCCUUUCCGGCAAAGGAGGUGUGGGCAAAUCCUCUGUAACGCUCCAACUCGCCCUCGCGCUCUCACUACAAGGCAAAUCCGUCGGCAUCCUCGACAUUGACCUGACAGGACCCUCAAUGCCACGACUGGUGGGGCUCGAAGAUGCCAAAAUCACACAAGCUCCAGGCGGUUGGAUGCCAGUACCAGUCCACGACGCUGAACCCGCAGCUGGAGCCGAAGAUUCGACCUCAACACAACCUCAGCGCGGCUCCCUUCGCUGCAUGUCCUUGGGCUUCCUACUCCGCGAUCGCGGCGAUGCUGUCAUCUGGCGCGGUCCCAAGAAAACGGCGAUGAUCCGUCAAUUCUUAUCAGAUGUCUUCUGGGGCACAACUGAUUACCUGCUCAUCGAUACGCCGCCCGGAACCAGUGAUGAGCACAUUGCGCUGGCUGAACAGCUGCUCACGCUGUCAACCACAGAUGCUGCUGCGGCUGCACAGUCAGGCUUGCCACGACUUGCUGGCGCAGUCCUCGUAACGACGCCACAAGCUGUGGCGACUUCCGAUGUGCGCAAAGAGGCGAAUUUUUGCGUUAAGACUAAUAUCCCUGUUCUCGGAGUCAUUGAGAAUAUGUCUGGUUAUGCUUGUCCGUGCUGUGGUGAAGUGAGCAAUCUCUUCUCCAGUGGUGGAGGGCAGGUUAUGGCGCAAGAAUUAAAACUUCCGUUUUUGGGCAGCGUGCCUGUUGAUGUGAAGUAUGGAGAAUUGGUCGAAGGAAAGAUGGAGGCGGGAGACAGUGACGAUGAGGAUGAGGACGGUCAGACUUCAAACAGUCAACCAGAUGACACUCCCGCCGAACCUGAUAGUCGGCCACUUGUUGAACGGUACCGAGACACCUGGUCCUAUCCUCGAUUCGAGAACUUCGCGCAGACACUUAUAACGGGCAUCGAAGGGCCGACAGUCGCGUCUUAG